CAAGAAAAAUCGCUGAUAGAAAUCAAUGGAAAUAAAAAUGGAAAUGUAAAUAAACAAACAAAAAAUAGAAUUUUGAAUUUUUUUGAAUUUAAAUUAAUUAUUUAUAUAUUUAAAAUAUGUUAGAACCAACUUUGCAAGCAUUGUCAUCAAUAAGAGUUAUUUUAGCAAGUGGAUCUCCAAGACGACGUGAAAUAAUUAAAAAUUUGGGAAUAAAUGUUGAAUGUAUAACAUCAAAGUAUGACGAGAACCUCGACAGGAAUAAAUACAAAAAUCAUGGAGAUUACGUUCAAGAUCUCGCUUAUUACAAAGUACACGAUGUUUAUAACGAUAUAAAAAAAGACGCUCCAGUAUUAAUUAUUGGCGCUGACACAAUUGUUACACUCGGAGACAGUAUUUUCGGUAAACCAAAAGAUUCAACUGAUGCUGUAAGAAUAUUAUCCAGUCUGGCAAAUAAAGAGCACGUCGUUUAUACCGGCGUAUGUCUGAAGACACUCGACAAAGAGAUAAAAUUCUACGAGAGUGCGAAAGUUAAAGUCGGAGACAUCACCAGGGAGCAGAUAGAAGCUUACGUAAAAACUGGCGAGCCAAUGGACAAAGCUGGUGGUUACGGGAUCCAAGGGGUCGGCGGUUGCUUGAUAGAAUCUAUCAACGGUGAUUUCUAUACAGUAAUGGGCAUGCCACUGUACACUUUAGUUAAACAUUUAAAUCAACUGUACUCGAUGACAAAAUAA